UAUACAAGUUGUGAAAGAAUAAUAUAGAUUAUGUUCAAAAUGGCAUUACAUGUACAUCAGAUAUAUAUUGUGCAAACACUUACAGUGUACUGUAAAAGAUGGGAGGAGGGGGAGAGCUUUGGGGGGAAUUUGGGAGAAUACGUUUCCAUCAGGGUUCACUGUUAGUCAAACAACUGCCAGCAAUCAAAUGUAAAUUACUUAUUACCCCAAAGACUGCAUACAAAUGUAAUCCAUUUUAUGCUACAAUCUGUGAUGCAUAGUCUACUAAGAAUUAUUGACACUACAUAUUUUCGUCAUCCUGAAAAGGAGCUAAACCAAGUGAAAAAGCAUUCACAUUUCAUGUGCUAACUACACAACUGUAAUGUGCAUGUGUGUGUGUGCUGUCCCCCAAACCCAUGAAAGUUUUACUACAUGUCCGUCCACCACGUAAAGCUCCCCUCACUUCUCUCUUUCUGUUACCCACAUACACUCGGCUGUAUAUUAGUCUAAAUUUAAAGGUCAAUGUCAGAGCACAGGAAAUACACCAAUGCAGACAAGCCCCUCUAAAAAUGAACCACUGGUGUUUCUUUGGUUCUAAAAUGCAUCUUUCACUUCCCAGCUCUUCUCUGUAUGAGUCUGUGUUUCUGCCUUAAGGCUUCUGGCCGAGCCAUCCAACUGCUGGUUUAUCUGCUCCGACACACACCCUCUCACUGGGGAAGUGUCACUCCACCCCCCACCCCCCACCUCCUCAUUCCUGCUGACUCCCUGCUCACCCUCUCCUCUUUGCCUCCUCGCCUCACCCCUCUGGAUGCCAGUAGCUUCUAGUCAUGGAGCAGACGACAGUCACACACCAACCAGGACUGUCAGUGAACCAAACCUCAGCAUCAGCGUUUCAUGAAGAGGAAGUGGGAGGCUCCACCACAGGAAGUGAAGAUAUCUGGGGGUCAUAUGAUGUCCCUGCAGCGACAGACCCAGUGCUCACACAGCCCGGCCUUGGCGUCACCACGACAACCAUCACCACCAUCACACAGACGGGAGGGGGAUGGAGCACUGGCCUGUUUGACGUCUGUGGAGACACGACUACAUGUAUUCUUGGGGCCCUGGUGCCAUGUUGUUUGGACCUGAGUUUAGCUCACCAGUAUGGCGAGUGUCUGUGCAUGCCUCUGUUACCAGGAUCUACUUUUGCCAUACGAGUUGGGAUCAGGGAGCGGUACAAGAUACGGGGCAGUGUGUGUGAGGACUGGACCACAGUGCAUUGCUGUUACCCCCUGGCUGUAUGUCAGAUGAUAAGAGAGAUGAAGCAGAGGAUGAAGACACAGACCUAUCAUGUGUCCACUGCCCUCGAAUGCUCCUGAAGAAACUGGAAUGAUUAGCACAAAGAAUCAAUACUACAAGGUUUUGAACUUACUUUUAUAUGCCCCUGAGGAAGCCUUGGAAAAUAAAUCAACCCUAUCCUACAACAUUCAAAGAAGACUGAAAAGGACAGACUUGAACAGCAUAAACAAUAAAAUAAUUAUCCGAGCUGUAGGGUCUCAACUAGUGUGUAGGGCUUAAAACUUCCUUGGAUGUUGUAAGAGUCUAACUGAAACGUACUUUUAAACUGCUGUUGGACUUGUUUGGAGAGGAUAUUAUGAAUAAACUUGAUAACAAUAUACGCCUUUUCUUGCAGUUGAGUGAAAUGCAGGUGGCAAGGUGCACGUUUAUAUAGUUUCAGUAGCUGUCACUGUCAGCAAACUGUCGCAAGUAGCUUUUUUGGGCCAUAUUUAAAGUCAGUUUAAUGCACAUUGUGAACAUUUAAUUGUGCUGCUCAGAACAAUGAAUUUAGAUUUGAAAAAUGUGUCUCUCUAAAAACAAUUUCCCUUGAUCUCUGGAUAUUUAAUGAAGCUCCUUGGCAGCCCUUCAUAAGGACACUUUCUUCAAUAGAAAGUGGUACAAAUUAAUUGAGAAAAUUGACUUCGGUGAACCAACCCUUUCAUUUUGUCUCGCAUGCCAAAGGUCACCAGACACAUUAACGUGUUCAAUCCCCCUAAGACUUGAAGGGAAAAUGAUGUGAAGAAACAUAAAGCUUUCUAGACCUUGAGGCACAAAUUGAGCAAGGGGGACAUAACUCAACAUUAGGGACAAUAUCUACAAAUCAGACUAAUAAAUCUAAUUCAGUGUCACAUUUAAAACUAAAUCCAAGUAAAGCCAGGGAAGAACAGAAAGGCUUAGUUCAGUUUGAAGCAAUGCUUUUGAGAGUUGUUUUAUUUAUUUCAGAGUGUAGGAUGAAACAAGUGUGCAAGUCCAUUCAGUAAGAAGAACCACUUGUCUGAUCUGGCAAACAGGCCACAGCUCCGAUUACAGUUCAAGUACAGUCUGAUGAUAAUAAAGCCUAUUUCCAUA